CUCUCUCUGCUCCCUUGCUCCACACUUUCACAGUUGCGCUCUUCUUAUUGUGAUUUUUAAACAAACUCAUGGUUUUUCAGUGGUCGGUAUCUGAAGCUGGACGUCUCCACUGUGAACGGACACGAGCUCUGAGUGCGUGUGCGUCAUCGGAGCGGCGCGUGCGGCGCAGCACGCCUCUCUGUGCCAAGUACAUAAAAGCUGCUCCGCUCAGACUUUCUCUGCAGUUUCCCUCCAAGUUGGGCUCACGGCACCAGCCCAGCAGAAGUCUGAUCUGGACCCAGCAUGGAUGUAAACCUGACGGGGGUCAGCGCGCUGGCGCAGCGGCUGUUUGGGAAUCACAGCUCAGAAAACGGCACGAGCGCUCCGAAACCCACCGAGGAGGACCUGGAAGUCAACACGGACGUUUACUCCAAGGUGACGGUGACGGUCAUCUACGCGGUUCUGUUCUCCGUGGGCUCUCUGGGGAACUCCAUCACCCUGUACACCCUGCUGACCAAGAAGAGCCUGCAGAACCUGCAGAGCACCGUGCACUACCACCUGGCCAGCCUGGCCGUGUCCGACCUGCUCAUCCUCGUGCUCUCCAUGCCCAUCGAGCUCUACAACUUCAUCUGGUUCCACCACCCGUGGGUGUUCGGGGACGCCGUGUGCAGAGGCUACUACUUCCUGCGGGACAGCUGCUCCUACGCCACCGCGCUGAACAUCGCGAGCCUGAGCGUGGAGCGCUACAUGGCCAUCUGCCACCCGUUCAAGGCCAAGAGCAUCAUGUCCCGGAGCCGCACCAAGAAGCUCAUCAGCGCCAUGUGGCUCGCGUCCUUCGCGCUCGCGACCCCGAUGCUCUUCAUCAUGGGCCAGGAGACGCGCCGAGGAGAGAAGAUCUGCACCGCCAUCGUGUCCGCGGUCACCAUGAAGGCUGUGCUGCAGGUCAACGCCUUCUUGUCCUUCGUGGUGCCCAUGGUGGCCAUCUCYGUGCUGAACGGGGUCAUCGCCAACCAGCUGCUGACCAUGUUCCAGGAGGCGGAACAAGACAACCGGGUCUGCCUCAGGCGAGGAAACCCCACCGUGCUGAACCUGGCGGUGGAGUCCAACCGGGCCCAGUCGCUCCGCCACGGAGUCCUGGUCCUCCGAGCGGUGGUCAUAGCCUUCGUGGUGUGCUGGCUGCCGUAUCACGCUCGCCGCCUCAUGUUCUGCUACGUCUCCGACUGGUCCGAUGACUUAUACGACUUCUACCACUACUUCUACAUGCUGACGAACGUCCUGUUCUACGUGAGCUCUGCCAUCAAUCCAGUCCUCUACAACCUGGUGUCGGCCACGUACCGCCAGGUCUUCUUCUCCACGCUGCGCUACAUCUUCGUGCCGUGCCGCCGCUCGCUCAGGGGGCAGCCGCACCCGCUGACCCGCCACUCCAUCAGCAUCUCCAGCAACCACACCCUGUCCACCAACAUCAUCAAAGAAACAACGUAUUAAAAGAAAACGCUCCCAUCAAACCUGUUUGGUGCCACAUUGUGAUCACUGGUUGAAAAGUAAAAAAAAUAUCAUUUAGGUUGGAAACCACUGACUGUUGUGAAACUGUGAUCAUCGUGACGGUGAAUAAAACAGAACAUGUUUUGACGUGUCGUCGUCCAGGAUGGUACGGAGAACAACGAAACCAAACUCCACCCAGUCCAGUGAAAAAUAAAUAUUAAAUUAAAAACUCAUCAAAGCACCUUGUCUGAGAAAACAGCCUCCAGCACCUCGGUUACAGCAUUUAGUUAAUCCUCUCUUCUGGUAUUUUGUGAAAUUAUUCUGUAAAUAAACCUGACUUUGUGAUGUCAUAAAAAAAACACAUUUUUAUUUUUAGUCCAUGCUAAAAUCUGUGAAAAUAAAAAGACUACCUCUCAUUAUUACCUCCUCAUUUUCCUGCAUGGACUGAUUCCAUAUCUGCAGAAUUAAUUUUAGUUUUUGGUGAAUAUCACAGCAAAUGUUCUUAUUGUACAGCUCAUACUCUGUAAUGUUGUAAAUACAGAAAACAGAAAGUUUGUUCUGACAGUAUUUUUUCAGUAAUCAGCACAGCCUGUUAAAAAUUUAAAAAGCUGAUCAGAGAGCAGGAGACUGAUUCAUUCAUGUUUGUGUGUUUAAUUAUGACAGAAGUUAUAUUUGUGUUGGAAAUAAAGUGAUUCUUAAA